CUAAGUCACACACUCAAGCAUAACGUUUCUGUUGCUGUAAUCCUGCUAACCAUGACCAAAUUUUCUCCCACUCAGUUUCUCAUCCUUGCUCUCCUCUUGACUCUUGUCUCAAUGGCACCACAGAUUGAUGCACAGCAAAGAUGUGAAGAGAUCUUAGAUCCAAACAAUUGCGUACUUGAGGAUUGUAAGGAGAGGUGUUUUGAAAAGCACCAAUCCAAUGGAGGUCAAUGCGUUGAGAAUGGAGGCACUCCUCUAAACCCAACUUUCAAGUGUCUCUGUGUUUAUGACUGUUGAUUUUUAUUUCUUGUAAGCAAAGAGGAAGACUUAAAAAUAAAAGGUGAAGCACUUACAUUAGUAUGUU